GAUUUGCUGCAUAGUCUACAGCGGUGAUGGCGGGCAGGCCGUUUGCAUGGAGCGGGGCAGCUCUUCUCCAGCUCCUUCUUGGCGUGAACCUGAUAGUGAUGCCACCCACCCAGGCCCGGAGUCUGCGCUUCGUCACCUUGCUGUACCGACAUGGAGACCGUUCGCCAGUGAAGACAUAUCCCAAGGAUCCCUAUCAGGAAGAGGAGUGGCCCCAGGGGUUUGGUCAGCUAACUAAGGAGGGGAUGCUACAGCAUUGGGAGCUGGGCCAGGCUCUGCGGCAACGCUACCAUGGCUUUCUCAACACCUCUUACCACCGGCAAGAGGUUUAUGUGCGAAGCACAGACUUUGACCGUACGCUCAUGAGUGCUGAGGCCAACCUGGCCGGACUCUUCCCUCCCAACGGGAUACAGCGCUUCAACCCAAAUAUCUCUUGGCAACCUAUCCCCGUUCACACUGUGCCCAUCACUGAGGAUAGGCUGCUGAAGUUCCCGUUGGGCCCGUGUCCCCGUUACGAGCAGUUACAGAACGAGACCCGACAGACGCCAGAGUAUCAGAAUGAGAUCAUUCAGAAUGCACAAUUUCUGGAUAUGGUGGCCAACGAGACAGGCCUUACAGACCUGACGCUGGAGACCGUCUGGAAUGUCUAUGACACACUCUUCUGCGAGCAAACACACGGGCUGGUCCUGCCGCCCUGGGCCUCUCCCCAGACCAUGCAGCAUCUGAGCCGGCUAAAGGACUUCAGCUUCCGCUUCCUCUUCGGGAUCUACGAGGAGGCAGAGAAGGCCCGGCUUCAGGGGGGAGUCCUGUUGGCUCAGAUACGGAAGAACCUGACCCUCAUGGCAGCCUCUUCCCAACUCCCUAAGCUGCUGGUUUACUCUGCGCACGACACCACCCUGGUUGCUCUGCAAAUGGCACUGGGUGUCUACAAUGGGGAACAAGCCCCCUACGCCUCCUGCCACAUAUUUGAACUGUACCAGGAAGAUAAUGGGAAUUUCUCAGUGGAGAUGUACUUUCGGAAUGAGAGUAACAAGGCUCCCUGGCCGCUGAUCCUGCCUGGCUGCCCUCACCGCUGCCCCCUGCAGGACUUCCUUCACCUCACAGAGCCCGUCGUGCCCAAGGAUUGGCAGCAAGAAUGCCAGCUGGCAAGCGGGCCUGCAGACACGGAGGUGAUCGUGGCCUUGGCUGUAUGCGGCUCCAUCCUCUUCCUUCUCAUAGUGCUGCUCCUCACUGUCCUCUUCCGGAUGCAGGCCCAGCCUCCGGGCUACCGCCAUGUCGCAGAUGGGGAGGAUCAUGCCUGACAACCACUCAGCCCCCUUCCCUCUGCCUCCUAGGGGAGGUGGGCUGGGCCCUUGCUCCUGACUAUUGCUGCUCCCCAGCCCAUGGACAGGAGACCCUGGGUUGGCCUCCCUCUGAUUACCCUAACCUAGAUGAAUAAGUGGGGCUCGGCUUGGCCCAUGGCACCUGUCGCUCAGCAUUCGUGUGCCUCCUGUUUACCAAGUACUAUGUUGGACUUUGGCUUUCUCCAAACAAGACUUGCCUCCGCCAUGCUUCCGAAGGACUAGAAGUGUAGACAAGUAUCCAAGUUUCACUCAGGACCUGGGAUUAAAAAACUGAAGGAGUUGGUGCUUGAUCGCCUUGCCCCCGCCAAUCAAGCCUUGCUCUCUCUUCCAGCUUGGAGUCUUUGGCAAAUGGUUCAGGGGACACAGUCUUGCCUCUCAGUGCUUAUUUUAGUGGGAAAAACUGCACAACAUUGGGCGUACAAACAUUGGCCACUAAGGAGCUGGAUCACUCAAAGGCCAGCCAGCCAAGUUUUCCUUUGUCCCCCUGAAGCCACCAUUAGAGUCAGACAUAAUGCUUCAGGCACCUUUGUCACCCUGCAGCUGGAGCAGGUCAGAAGGGUGUUUGUACUGGGGUGGGGCGGGGGGGGGGGGGGGGAGGGGAGUGAGUUGUACAGUUGUGACACUACUAUCCCAGUCGGCUAGGCUGGGGUCUCUAGGGACCAGAGGUAAAUGUAGGUUGUAAGCUGGACUGCUUGUGGCUGUGGCCCAGAAUAGGGCUAAGGCAGCGUCCAGAGAAUGAAAGUUUUAGACUCAGUGCUGUUUCUGUGCCUUUUCUUCAUUUUGGGGGGCCCAAGGAGCCCUUUGACCAGAUCAGUGCUGUAAAAUCCACUCAGAAGCUCAGUUGGGUAUGGUUUUAUUGGCCAUGUCAAUAGUGAGCACAAACUGAAAACCACUACCUGAUCACUCUGCCACUGCACGUCAAAGAAAAGUACCUUGGCCCCAGGCUAGAUAAUAGCAAGGACCCUUGGGGCACCUGGGGCACCAACUCUGGAGAAGUUUCUGGAUCUAAGUCCAGAGCAGUAACAUGCCAGUGUCCCAGUCCCACAGUGUCCCAUGCCACAGUGUCCCUGCUCCAACCCUAAGACUUGGAUACCUUUGGCCCUUUAACACAUAGCCGCCUCUUCUCACAGGAUUUGUUCUCAGGUGGCUCCAAGCCCUUGCUUGGCCCACACCGUCAUUAAUGUGUCUCAUUUCCGCAUCCCAGCUUCCUGGCUCCAAAUGAGAAUGUGAUAACCUAGGAGGAGUGAGACCAGUCUGACUUGCACCUUCCAUUAUCAGUCUCUGAGAACUUGGGGUUGGCCCAGGGAACCUAGGACUUGGUAAGGAAAUACCAGGAAAUUGGACAGCAGCCAGGCAUUGCCAUGACCAGGACAAAGCAAGAGGCAUGGAGGGCCCAGGCCAAAGAGUCCACGGUCUCCUGGUAGUCUUCUUUACUGACUCCUACCCUGGGGUGACUGGUAGGGCUAAGCUGAGGAGAGCCUGCACUCAACCUUGGGGAGUAGGAUAGGGCUUGGCCAGUCUGAGAUAUAACCACUUCACUCACCCAUCAGAGAGGCCAGCGUGUCCCCCAUGGGAUUGAACUCAUUGAGCUGCAGAGACAAGGGCAUAAGCAUGAGGAGAGGUUGAGGUACUGGGAGAAGGGCACAUGAGGAUAAAUUUCUGGUCGUUUUUGGUCAAUAAAGUAGGUUGAAUCCCUG